UUUGCUGUCAACCUGCAUUACUAUGAAAUACUUGGCAGGAGUCCUGUUGCUCUUGGCAACAAUGUUCACUACAGUCAACAGUGCAGAGCAGUGCCAGUGUCGGUGUGAUGAGGAGCGGUUGGACACGGAACUGAGCUCGGUGGAUGACCGCUACCCUACGUGCAGGGAUGAGAUGAUGGGGAACAUCACCGAAGGCGAUCUGCUGACCAGGGAACGCCAGGCCAGCCCUUCUUUUUCCACCGCCUGGUCGCAAGCUGAACGCUGCAAUGUGACGGUGGCGAACCUCACCAACCUCCAUGUCACAGCGCUGACCCUCUACACAAACACAUACAACCGCACCUUCCCUUUGAUCUUUGACGUGGAAGCUAGAUCUAUGGGCCCCGACGCCAAUGUUUACCGCCGGUACUUCCUGUUCAAGUCCCUCCACUUCCUGCUGACCGAUGCCCUGCGGCUCCUGAUAGGGCGGGAGGAGACGGAGGCAGAGGCGGAGCAGAAUGGGAAGGGCUGCCUGCUGGUGUAUGCUAACAGCAGGCGCGGGGACAACUUGCGAGGGGAGGUGGGGGAUCAGGUGCGCACUGGGCACUUUGUCCUGGCAUCCACGCGGCGGUACAGCUCCAGCUUUGACCUGACCAUCCGGACGUGCCAUGGGCACCUGCUGCCCCGCUUGCACUCACACCACUGCCGCUCUUCUUCAGGCCUCAAUGUGCUGGUGCCACCCUACGAGCUGUUCAGGGUGGUGGCAGUAAAGAAGGUACCUAACAAAUGGAGAGGGGCUCUGACAUGGCAUUUCUACCUGGAGUCUAUUGGCACUAUGACCAACCUCAACUGCGCUAUGACUUCUGCCAUGUGAACGGCAAGUCAGAUUGUACAAGGCUCUAAGCAAAUAAAGUUUGUUUGUUUGAAGAAUC